AUGGAUAAGAGUGAGAUCAUGCCCAGCGAUGUUAGAUACAAUUUCCUGAGAAGCAAAACAGAUCCUUGUCAUGCAUAUUACAGCUACAUGCUUUCUAAAUACUCUGCUGGUGGAGGAGCUGUGGUGGAGGGUGCUGCUGUGAAUAUUGAACAUGAUGAUCACACCAAGGAUCUCACAAUCAUUAAUACACCUGCACAAGUCCCAGCUAUUACUCUUGCUGCGAGAGUAGCUUGUCUUGUUUCUGUAAAAGGGCUGGACCUUGAGAUGCACCUCAGAGACACUCAAGUGAGUGAUACAAGGUUUAAUUUUCUUAGGGAUGCUUCAGAUGUGUGUCACGCAUUCUACCAGCGCAGCCUUGCCUACUACUCUUUUGGGAAUAAAAGUCAACUCAAAGCUCGGGCACAACCUCCUCCUGUGUUCGAUACCCCUAACACUCAGAUCCUGCCUCUGCCUAACCUUCUGCAGUUCAGACUUCCUCAAGGGAUGACAUUGAAGCAGCUCGAUACCAUUAAGGUCACAGCUCAAUUUUCCCUGUGGUAUGGGUAUUACUUUGUGUGGGCUUUGAAAGGGAAUGUGACCCAGCUUGAGUUUCUUAAUCCAUCACAUAGCUGGUACCCUUUUUACAAUGAGUUUCAACGUGCCUAUGAGAGACUGUUCAAGCCCCCCAAAGAUACCAUAGAACAGCUGUAUAAGAGUGCCGAAUACACAGAGGCCAUCCAGAAAGGUUUCUUACAACGUAUUCAACUGGAUGAUCCUAUCAAGGUGCGUAAAUGGCUGGAGCAAGGGGAGAGGGCAAUGAUUGAUUGGCAUGAGGCUACAUCCAAACCAUUUGCUAUGAAGGAGGUUCAAGAGCUGCUACCACCUCAAGGACCAGAUCCUAAGAGACAAAAGCUUGACGUCUCACUUCUGGUUCCAGAAACCCAAUUUCUCGCUCAACAUCAGGGUCCGUCUUCACUUACGGUUUCUUUUCCAAACCGACAAGCCGUUGAGAUCAAGGUGUCCUCGUUGUCCGUAAAUCUUGCAUCGUUGAAGCAGAGAAUAGCUGAAGUGAUCCAAAUUCCAGCGGACAAACACAAGUUAAGUGGAAAAUCGGGGGUUUUGAAGGACGACAACAUGACACUUGCACAUUACAAUGUGGGAGAUGGAGACAUCCUAACACUGUCUCUGUGA